AUGCACUCCGGAAAGUCCAUCUUCAGCGCCAGCCUGGCCGUGAGCGGCGCUUUGGCUGCGAACUCACUGCUCUGCCCUUCAGACGUCCCUCAGAGCUGCCACAACACGACAGCUUUUGCGAACGCGUGCUGUUUCAGUGCUCCGGGAGGCCAGAUUCUGCAAACACAAUUCUGGGACAGCAACCCCGCCACAGGCCCGGAUGAUUCGCCGGAAAACUGUGAUGGCACGUACGAGCAGUUCUGCGCUCCCGAGCGGGAGUACACCAACAUCACAGCCAUCUUGGCCGCCGCGUCUCCGUGCUCACUGAAGUACAUGGACACGUUCUGGAAGGACCAAAACGGCAACGACGAAAGCUUUUGGGAGCAUGAGUUCAACAAGCACGGCACGUGCAUGAACACGUUGGAGCCGACCUGCUACCCAGGCUACACGCCUGGCCAGGAGGUGGUCGACUACGUCAAGAAGACCAUUCAGGUGUUCAAGACGCUCCCAUCUUACGAGUGGCUGAAGAAAGCUGGCAUCGUCCCGUCCGAGACCGUGACUUAUACCCUGGACCAGAUCCAAACCGUCCUCACCGCCCACCAUGGCCACAACGUCAUUGUCAACUGCAACAAGAACAAGGAGCUCAAUGAGCUCUGGUACCACUUCAACGUCAAGGGGUCCAUCCAAACGGGCGUUUUCGUACCCGUAGACCCCGUCGGCUCGCCUUCGUCUUGCCCGAAGGAGGGAAUCAAGUAUCUGCCCAAGAAGAAGGCUGGAGCAACAACCCCAGCUGCCACAACUACAGCCGCCUCCACCUUGAGCACCGUCCUCACAUCCGCAGCCGACUCUACUUCUACGGCAAACCCACCCUCCAUCUCUGGAAAGGGCCACCUUUUCGCAGCCUCGUCUGGCGUGUCGAGUCCCGGCUUCCUCGUCUCCGGCGGCACCUGGUACCGCGGCGGCGGCACCCCGGCUACCUUCACGGCCACACCUGCUGCGGGGGGUUCAUUCACUCUCACCUCCAGCAAGGGGAACUGCGCUGUCCAAGAGAACGGGUCGCUGCUAUGCGCGUCGUCUGUCGUCGCUGGGUCCUCGUUCGUCUUACGACGGUGCGUUCUUGACGACUUUGAGUAG